AUGAAUUCAGCUCAACAGAAUGUUAAUAGCAAAAAUUCAAAAGUCCUUCGUUUUGAAUGUCCCUAUACAGACUGUACAAAAAUAUAUGCAAAAGAAUGGAAACUUCAUGAACAUGUCUUGAUUCACACUGGCCAACGACCUUUUGUUUGUACACACCCAGGCUGUGACAAGACAUAUAGAGCAGCAAAGCAUCUUAGUGUCCAUGCACGGACUCAUGAAGAACCAACCUACAAAUGCUCAUUUCCCGAAUGUUCUCAAGCCUAUUUUAUUUCUCAUCACCUCAAACGACAUGAAUUGACGCAUAAAAAUUCUUCUCCAAUCAAAUGUACCUGGCCUGAUUGUACAGCCGCAUUUCAAAAGAAGCAUCAAUUACGAUCCCACAUGGUCACCCACACUCAUAAACUAUUAUGGCCAUGCGACGUUGAGAAUUGUGAUGCCAGUUUUAUGGUACCUUCGAAAUUAAAGAAACACAAGAUGACUGUUCAUUCUGAAACACCAAGAUACCUUUGUUCUCUUGAUGAUUGUGAUACCACUUUUAUUAAUUGGACCGAAUUGUGUAAGCACAUACGAGAGAAGCAUCCAAAGAUUUGCAAGGCUUGUGGUAAAGAAUUCAAUCGUCAGACUCGAUUGAAUCAACAUAUAAAAAACAAGCAUGCCGAAAAGGAUCCUGUCAAAUGUAUAUAUUCAGGAUGUGGCAAGGUCUUUUCUUCAAUAAAGGCCUAUGAUAUGCACAUUAAUCUGGUCCAUGAACGUAUCAACAAAUUCAUGUGUACAUUUCCUGGAUGCCAAAAGGGUUUUCCUUACAAGAGUAUAUUUGAAAGACAUUUG